AAGUCGUUGACCUGUGAAUAUCUGGGCUUGCAUUGCGGUGAUCGUAAAGUGUACAUCAUAUUCGUGUUGCUCGUUAUGUGCGUUAUAAGCAGUUUCAAGUUGCGCUUCGAUCCAUCCGAUAUACAGGAGUUCUACGAAGAGACGUUGCUGAAUGAGGAGAAGUCGUUGGCGGAGAAAACGAUCGAGACGAAUCUGGUGGCCGACCGUUGGGAAACGAAUCCGCCGAUCCUGCAUGAAAAGCUUGAUUUUGUUUACGGAAGUAAGCAGUUCCCUAUAUCUAUUACUACCACUGCGUCGUGUUACACCCGGACUCCGAUAUCCACCAUAGCGCCGUCCUAUCCUCCGGGGAAAACUUAUGACAACUCUGAACGCCCGCCGUACAGUUCGUCCACUUUGCCUUUGUAUGGCCAGAAAAGUCCGACAGACCGUUCGCACUCUCUUAUUACUGGCAGUUAUUCUCAGUCGAACAUUCGUUAUCCGACUGGGAUGAAGGAAACGUGGUCCGAGCAUGCACCGGUGUCAGCAAUGGACACACGUCCGUAUCCGGAACUGGCACGCAACGCUCGAUACUUGAACGGCGGCGGCAGUUCAGAUGAAUCCUGGGAAUACGACGAUAUCGUGCUCGAGAAGGGCACAUCCGGCUUGGGAGUCAGCAUCUCUGGCGGUCAGGACAACCCGCGUCUUCCGAACGACGCCAGCAUCUACAUCACGAAGAUCAUCCCUGGCGGAGCGGCGGCGAUGGAUGGCCGUCUGCGCCAAGGCGAUGUGCUUCUUCGCGUCAACAAUACGGACACCGUCGACGUCCCUCACCACGUGGCCGUCGAUGCAUUGAAACGCGCCGGCAAUGUCGUCAAACUGCAGUUUUUCGGAUUGUUGGUAAACGUCGCUUCUCUGUCAGGACUCGGCUUCAGCAUCGCUGGUGGCAUUGGCAACGAGCACCUACCGAACGACAAUGGAAUCUAUGUGACGAAGAUAAUCGAAGGCGGAGCCGCCCAGAUCGACGGACGCCUUCAGAUAGGAGACAAACUUCUGGCAGUUGGCAACUGCAGUUUGGCAAACGUGACCCAUGAAACGGCGGUGUCGGCUUUGAAAGCUACAUCUGAUCGUGUCGUUCUGCUGAUAAUGAAAAAUCCGGCGACGUCUGAGUCGUUUCAUUCUUCGUUUGACCACGUGAUGGCGCAGCCGGAGCCGACUGCUCGCCUGACACCAUCAGCGGUCACUUCGCCUCCACCGGACGCCGUCCUGUUGCACUCGUACAGCGACGGAGCUGCCGCCAAAAGUGUCCAGUUAUCACGACAGCAGGAAAUGCGUCGUGCACUUGGAGGAGACGCCUACUCAACGUCAUAUUCGUCUUUUCACUCACCCGAGCCUCCUCCGCCAGAACCCGAACACGCCGCGCCAUUGGCUCCGUCACCCGAAACACCGUCCAAGGCUUUUUCGCGUAUGGAAAUUUCUCGCUCACCAAGGUACGUCACACUGACAAAGAACACCGCCGGCUUGGGCUUCAACAUCGUCGGUGGUGAGAGUGGCGAAGGUAUUUACAUCUCGCACAUAUUGCCGGGAGGUGUUGCCGAUUUGAGUGGACAGCUGCAUCGAGGGGAUCAGAUUCUACAGGUGAACGACAUCGAUGUCAGAAACGCUUCUCAUGAAGACGCUGCAUCGGCCUUGAAGAAUUCCGGCCCAAGAGUCACGAUUCUUUGCCAGUACCGGCCCGAAGAAUACUAUCGUUUCGAAGCUCGCAUCGAGGAGUACCGAAAUGCGAUGAUUGAACAGCAAUCACCGGGAGUUCCGCAGCCCAGACGGGAGCUGUACGUCAGAGCCUUGUUUGACUAUGAUCCGACGAAGGACAGUGGCUUGCCGAGUCGAGGCCUGGCUUUCAACUACGGCGACAUCUUGCAUGUGACCAACGCUUCCGACGAUGAGUGGUGGCAGGCGCGUAAAUGUAUUAACGACAACAUCGAAGAGGGCUACGGCAUCGUGCCCAGCAAAAAACGAGUCGAACGGAAGGAGAAAUCCCGACGGAAGCAGGUCAACUUCGGAAGCGGUCGGCAGGCUAGUAUUUCUGAAAAGACCGAACGAAGUAAAGCUCAAUGGUUUUUUUCUUCAGUGUCUUAUGUUCGUCCUGUCAUCAUUCUCGGCCCGCUGAAAGACAGGAUAAACGAUGAUCUCAUUUCUGAAUUUCCGGAAAGUUUUGUCAGCUGUAUUCCUCACACGAGCCGACCGCAGCGCGACAACGAAGUUGACGGCCGGGACUAUCAUUUCGUGACGCGCGAACAGAUGGAACGCGAUAUCCAGAGUCACAUGUUCAUCGAAGCCGGGCAGUACAAUGGCAAUUUGUAUGGAACAAGCAUCGACGCCGUGAAAUUCGUCGCUGACCAGAAAAAACACUGUAUUUUGGACGUUGGCGGGGGAGCGAUUAAGCGUCUUCAGAUGGCUGGAUUGCACCCUAUAGCGCUCAUCGUGAAGGCGUACAACGCGCAACAGUUGCUGGAGUGGAACAAGCGCAUUACUGAAGAAGAAGCGUAUCGACUUUAUCAGAGGUACCUGCAGAUGGAAGAGGAGUUUGGGAAGUAUUUUACAGCAAUCGUGCAAGGGAACACUCCGGAAGAAGUGUAUGCAAAAGUGAAGGAUCUUGUUAGAGUUCAUUCACGUCCCACUGUUUGGAUCUCAAGUCAGGAGUCAUUGUAG